AUUUGCAGAUUUAUUGAAAUUUUGAUACAUAAAUAUAACAAUGGUGCAGCAUAAUAUGAAGAAAAAAGUAUCCUUACCAAGUGGUGUGAAACAGAAGAAGAAAAUGAAAUCUACAAAACAAGGCCCCAAGAAAGGUCAUCAAUUGACAAUUGCUCCCAAGAAGCCUGCUGCAGUACAGCAAGCUAAAAUUGAUUCAGAAAUAACGCGGACAAUAAACGACAAGAAUGAACAGUUGGUAAAAGGUCGUGCAGAUAAGGGUGUUGGUCGAAAUAGAAACUCUACCUGAUUCUUCUACCUACAAUUCGGUUUCUGUUAUUUGAUGUGCUUUUGGAAAUUUCUGACUUGAUAAAAUUUGAAUCGGAAAGGUUGACAUUCGAUCAUUGCUUUGAGAUAUGUUAACAGUUUGUACAUCUAUGCUUAACCUACAAAUUAUAUUCCAUUUCGGAAUGAGAAUUACUUCUUAGAAAACUUGAAUAUUAACAAAUUCUAAAAGGAAAUAUCCAGAUUGUUCGAC